UCGGCCGCCGCUCCCUCCGCCCGCCGGCCGCCCCCCGGCCGCAGCCCCUGCCUCCUGCCUCCUGCCAGCACCAUGGAGUUCUCCGAGAGGAAGAGGAGCAGGAAAUCCCAGAGCUUCAAACUGGUGAGCCGAGAUUAUCACCAUGAGGUAUAUAAGAUCUCAGAAUUCAGCAACGAUGUUAAUGGGGAGGCCAAAGAGACACAACCCAUUUAUUUAGGAAACGAAAGCAUGGAAAUUAAAAAACAAAUUACAGGAAUGAGAAGAUUACUGAAUGACAGCACUGGGAGGAUCUAUCAGCGUGUCGGCAAGGAAGGAGAAAAAUUAAAAGAAGAACCCCAGGAUUUGGAUUCAGUCUGGCCUCCGCGUUUGAACUCCACUGCUGAGGCCCCCCAGAGCCUCCACCCUUCUUCACGUGGUGCGUGGAAUGAGUUACCACCCUCCAGCGGGCAGUUCUCAGGGCAGUAUGGCACCCGCUCUAGAACCUUCCAGAGUCAGCCCCACACCACUGGGAGCUCCAACGGAGAACUUCCAGCAGUGAAUUCGUCAGGUGGAUCAAACUGCUGUACUUGUAACUGCCAGUCAACGUUGCAGGCCAUCCUCCAAGAACUCAGGACCAUGCGGAAAUUAAUGCAAAUUCAAGCAGCUGGAGCCCAAAACAGACAACAACCCCCCAUUUCCCUCAUGUGCUCCCAGCGAACCGCUGCCUCGCGCAAGAGAAAUAAAAAGAAAAAAGUGCCCCCGAAGUCUGUCGAGCCUCUGCCCGUGAAACAGAAGGCCGGCGUGUUGGGAACCGAGAAGCCAGCCGUGGCCUCUGAGCAGUCUGGUCCCCCGGCGGCCGAGCGCCCGUCCCCCGGGGACAGCCGCGUCCUCGGAUUCGGCAUUGUCCUGGAAUCGCCGGCCUCAGAUCCAGAAGUGCAACUUGCUGAAGGCUUUGAUGUGUUCAUGCCUAAAUCACAGCUGGACUCUAUAUUGUCAAACUACACUCGCUCAGGAAGCCUUCUGUUUAGAAAGCUGGUGUGUGCGUUUUUCGACGACAAGACUUUGGCUAACUCCUUACCCAACGGGAAGAGGAAAAGAGGACUCAACGACAACCGGAAAGGACUAGACCAAAAUAUUGUGGGUGCAAUAAAAGUCUUCACAGAAAAAUACUGUACCGCUAAUCAUGUGGAUAAACUUCCUGGCCCGAGAGACUGGGUACAGAUUCUACAGGAUCAAAUUAAACUGGCCAGAAGAAGGUUAAAAAGAGGCUCAGCAGAGGCAGCGGACGGUGAUGAGAGACUGGAGGGCAUCUCUCUACCGCCAACAGAUGGAGGCAGAGAGAUGUUUCAGAUGAGGAAAUUGAACACGGGAUGGUAGAACCACCUCAUGGAACUGAAAAGAAUGUCAAGGAAUCUGAGAAAGAAGGAACGUUAGAGAUCAUCUAGUCCCAUCCCUUCUUUUUAUCCAGUCCUUUUAUUUUACAGGUAAAAAAGCCUGAGGCCCAGAAACACUAAAUGACUUUCUCAAGGUCUCACAGCUGGUUGGUGGCUGGGCCGGAGCCCAGGCCUCUCGACUUCCAGCCAUUACACCGCAUAGCUUUCUCAUACCUAAGCCAAAGCCAGCUUUUCUCCGCAUGUUUCUUAAAGACCCUAAGAGCUGAUGGAUGUACUAAUCCCUUUAGGAUUCCAUUCCAGUGUCUGUCUCCACCGUUAGAAUGUCCGUCGUUAAGUCUGCCCGAAAUCCUCCUGCAGUUUAAACUCAAUGAAUGACCGGAGUCAGUGAUGAGACUAGCGUGUCUUGAUGGGCCCUAAAGUAAAACCCCGGGUCUGGGCAGCGUCUUUGAACACAGCGCCACUUCGGACCCUUCCCUCGCGUGUGCCCUAACGAGGCUGCCCCAGAGGUGAAGUCCACCCUUCUUGCACGUGUGAGACUCCCCGGCCAGACUUUCCUGAUCUGCUCAAUCUGAGCUGGCAGCGGUCGGUCCUGUUUCUAAAGAUCUAACAACGCCUUUAUUACCUUUUUAAGGUCUUUUUCCUCUUCCCAAACCCACGUGUGUUGGGGAGGGGCGGGGAGAGGGGCAUAAAUCCUUAAGCGUUUGCAAGAACCGGGAUUGAGCAGGUCAGGGGGGACAGUCAGGCAGUCCAGGGACAUUCGCGUCCAUCCAUUACAGGCAAGCAGCCUUCCGUCUGUCUAGCUUCCACAAGAGCGCCUACGGCUUUUGCAGCGGAAAAACGUAGUUUCUUCGUUUCUUUGCCCUCACGCCCCUGCCGGUAAGUGAGUGUGAGCAGCUCGCAGGAACCCACACUGUUGGGUCCUGGGCACAAACGCCCGCCCUCGGGGAGCCCCCCCCCCCCCCCCGUCCCGGGCGGCAGGCCGGGUGUUGGAGGGCACUCUGGCAACCGCGAGAAAGCACCCGGGACGGGCAAACACUUUGUGUUGGGGGAAAAAAAAAAUCAGUAAAGAGCAAGUGAAAUCGAAGCAGUGCUUUCUAAAAUUUACAAAGGGGGCUUCUCAUUUGGAAAUAGGGUAGAGCAAGCCCCCCACCCCCCAGGCCGAGCCCAGCGGUGUUUGUCAUGAAUUGGCAGUCUUUUACAUACUUUCAAAGAAGUAACAAAAGUACGAGGAAGAAAACAGAAAUUAACUUUACCACUCAGAGACGACCAUUACUGGGUGUUUUCCCCCAGACUUUUCUCUAAAUCUAUUUAUUUACACAGUUGGAGAUCAAGUAGAUAAAAUUUUCUUUUCUGGGUGUUGUUUUUUUUUUUUUUUUAACCUAACGAGCAUUUUCCAUUUUUCACACAUCUUCAUACACGUUACCUUAAUAGCUGCAUCAUGAUCUGUUACAGGUAAACUGUAUUUUGUGUAGCCAUUGUCUCUUCCUGGACAAUAUGUGGACAUACUCCAGUAGUAACACACAUUCACGGACUUCCCUGUAAAAGUCAUCAUUACAAAUUUCUAAAACGGCUCGCGUAGCACAACCAACUAAAUAAAGCCUUGGCUGAGAACUUAGGGAUUUAAAUAUGAAACAGAGGCUUCCUUGGGGCGCCUGGGUGGCUCCGUCAGUUAAGCCUCCGACUUCGGCUCAGGUCACGAUCUCCCGGUUCCCGAGUUCCAGCCCUGCGUCGGGCUCUGUGCGGACCGCUCCGAGCCUGGAGCCUGCUUCGGAUGCUGUGUCUCCCUCUCUCUCUGCCUCUCCCCUGCUCGCGCUCUGUCUCUGUCUCUCAAAAAGCGACUAAACGUUAAAAACAGAAAAAGAAACCGAGGCUUCCUCGGCCAGGUGCUCUCCCCACCUGGCGCCCUCGCCUCUAGCCCUGUCGCACAAAACUGUGCAGCUCUUCUUUGAAGAAGUGCCCCCCCCCCUUCGUUGUCUUGUCUGUGUCGUAGGUAGUGUGUUUGACACCAGGAGAGAAACCAUGGAAGACACAGAGCCAGAUGUCACUGCCCAGACUUCCCUUUUAGUGACAGUGUCCAUGAGCACACGUGACUCUCCCGUUUGAAUCCCCUCAAAGAUCCACGUAGCAUUUCAGGUUACUUCCUGCCAAGUGUGGGUGUUCUGUGAAUCUUUCCCGUCAUACCUGAAAAGUUGUCACCUACUUUCUUCGUAGUAUGUGAUCAUCAAGCCUCCAAUUUGCCCUAAGAGUUUUAGAAAUCGUUAAGAGUUGACUCAUGCAUUCCCUCUUAGAAGUCCAGCGUAUGAUCCAGUCAGUUCAUUGUUCACUAAAAGGCAGUCCUCUCUUCUCUGUUCUUUUCCUCAUAAGCUCAAGGUGAAUAUAUAGAGUUCUGACGCAUAUUUAUUUUAAUGUGCACUGCGUAGACGCAGCCUACAGGAGAAGAGCUCUUGGCACUGAGGGAGCAGUUGGGAAGGCCAACGUCAAUUUAGGCCUUCAGCGGCCCGGAAGAUGAAACCGUUGAUUGGGGAGAUAAGCUAGCUCUGCCCUAUUAGACAAAAUCAUCUGUGACAUCAGUUCCUCCAAAAAUAGCCACUUGUAACCGAAUAAGCGCAAAUGAGCUAUGAAUUCCUAGGGAAGAAAAACCUUUCGCAUGGGUCGUAUCAACACAGUGACAAAAUGACUAGUUAAAAGGCGAGACGCUCGGGGCACCUGAGUGGCCCAGUCGGUUAAGUGUCCGACUUGGGCUCAGGUCACGAUCUCACGGUUCGUGAGUUCGAGCCCCGCGUCGGGCUCUGGGCUGACAGCUCGGAGCCUGGAACCUGCUUUGGAUUCUGUCUCUCUCUCUCUCUCUGCCCCUCCCCUGCUCGUGCUCUGUCUCUCAAAAAUAAACAUUAAAAAAAAAAAAAUGAAAAGGCAAGAAACUCAAAGUAACCGGUGGCCAACAGGAUACGUAACAACUGUUUUCAGAGAUGGCCUAAACUCAGCCGUCAGUGUCUUGGCGUGGUGUGGCAGCCAGCCACAAAUGUCCUUAAAAUUACAUACUUCAUUUUCCCGGUACACCCGCCUUCCGCUUCAUAUGAAAUCAACAUACGAAAAUAUGGGUUUAUACUAAAGCGCUAUCUUGCCGUGUGGGUAUCUGUGGUACAGAAAUAUGUACCUCCAGGUUCCCUUCUCCAAAAAGAUGGUGACUCUAAGCCGUUUUCCUCACAAACACUGCGUGUAGACCUCAUUCACUGUAUAAAGCCAACUCCGGUGAAAUCUUUAGCACUUGACCCAGAGGCCAAAUAGUUGGCCAGAAAGAAACUUGGACAGUAGAAAUGCCAAAGCAGAGGGGGAGAAAUUGUUGUGCUGACCAUUACCUACCUUUGCCUAGCACUGGAACCAAGUCAGAGGGGGAGAGCUCAGAGUUACUGUAGAGGCGCCCUGUCCGAGGCACUUGCGCCCCAUCGCACUGAACCUGAGCCAGGAGGGGGCCCCGGGCCGAGUCGGUGGUCCACUGACGACCAGCUCAUCAACCGGAGGGAGAUGGCUGGAGGCGUCCCUGAAAUGUGACGACACUGCUUCUCGGUGCGGCUUGUGGACUCAGCCCAACCGCUAGACAGCUCCCUCUCCCAUCUGUGCGUCUCCUGUCUUAUUCCUGAGGCGGGGAGGAAGGUCCCGAGAAACCGUUGCCACCACAUCCCAGGGUUAUUAGCCUUUUCCGUUUUAGGCCGGUGAGCAGCCCCUUCCCUGAGACCGGUCCUAACGGAACACUGCACACCAGGGCUCUUGUUUUCCUGCAGCUUAGGUUUGGGAAUUUGUCCUCUGCCCCUCGGAAGGAAAUACUGCUCAAGGGAACUGGAAAGAUUAAUUAGUGACCUUUCCACUCUAUUACAGUUAGAUGAGUGCGUUGCUAAUGCAGGUAGAAACAUUUACCUUACAACUGUGGGAUCUGUUAAUUAUACAUCGUGAACCUUCCAAAGCCCUUCCUUCCAAGACGGGGCGACAGCUUGGAGGUUUCGAUACUUGAGGAGGAGUAGGGAUUGUUCAGCUCACAAAUACGUGCAGUGCAUCCACAGAUGGGAGCCACAUACUCACAAAACCGCACCAGUGAAAUCCCAUUUUGUGCACUCAAAUUGUGUUUGUGUUUACUUACUGUGACUACUGUUCAGACUUUAUUCAGAAAUCCUUUUUAUAGGCUUUCUUAGUAAAAAGAAAAAUUCCAUAUCUACGGAUAAUGUCUCAAUCUUCUGUAUAUAUGUUUUAUUAAUAUGUAAAUAUUUAGAUUUUUUAAAAUUACUAUGUUCUUUAAAAAAAAAAUUCAACACAAGGCUAGUUGUGAAAAUGGUGUAUAAUGUUGUGUUGUGAUAUCAAUUCCCAAGAUGCUCUUAAUGUCCGUUCCAGAAGAAUACAAUAAAUUACUUUAAUCGAA